GGUUUUUUCUCAACAAGCUAACCAAAUUUAAAGGUAGAAUUAGUUUUAAUUAAGUCUGCCUGAAAAUUUGGUAAUUUCUUUAUAAAUUAAUUUUCUGAAAUAGGAGAUGGAACAAAUAUGGAUGAUAACUAUGGUUUUAGGGUUAUUGCCAGUUUUGGGGUGGUUGAUAUGGUGGUGGAAUGAGAUUUGGUACGUAUGGCCUAUUCUGGCUAGACUCAAACGGUCUAAUUCUGACGAGUCUACAGUACAACUACCACCUGGUUAUUUGGGCCUCCCUUUUCUUGGCGAGACUCUCUCAUUCCAAUGGUUUUUCAACAUUGUCCGUCGUCCCGAUGAUUUUAUCAAAUCCAAAAUAGAAAAAUAUGGAAAUAAUGUGGGCGUUUAUAGAACUCAUUUAUAUGGGGUUCCAAGCAUCAUAGUAUGUGCAUCCUCUCUAUGCAAACAUAUUCUCAACUCUGGGGAUAAUUUCAAGGCAGAAUGGCCUACCAACAAAGUAGUGGGACGUAAUUCAGUGAUAUCAAUUGAAGGUGAACGUCAUGAUAUAAUCAAGAGUCUUGUUGUGAAUUGUUUCUCUCGUCCAGAUGCACUUGCAUGGGUUAUGCACAAAGUUCAACCUUGUAUUGUUUCAGCCCUCGAAUCAUGGUCUCAAAAGCCUAAUAUCAAAACAUUUUAUGAGCUUAAGAAGGCAACACUUGACUGCACUUUGAGAUACGUUGUUGGCUUUGAAUAUAAUACUCAUCAAAUAGAAGAUCUUGCUGAGGCGUAUGAGAUUUUAAAUUUAGGGUUUAGAGCCACACCAAUACAUAUCCCUGGAACAUCUUAUUAUAAGGCCCUUAAGUGUCGGGAGAAGAUUGUGAAGAUCUUCAAGAACGAGCUAGACAAAAGAAGGACGAACAAUAAGGAUAUUGAUGUAACUAAAGAAAGUGUUGGUGAUUUAAUGGAUUCAUUGAUGAAAGCUACGGACAUCGAAGGAAAACAUUUGAAAGAUGAAGAGGUGUUAGAUAACAUUGUAAACUCAAUCCUUCUCGGUCAUAUUUCAAGUGCUUAUGCUGUGACAUGGUGUCACUAUUUCUUAGCAAAAUCUCCUACAGUUUUGCAAAAGCUUAGGGAAGAAAACAGAGCCCUUUUAGAGGAAAAGAAUGGUGAGAAAAUCACAAAUGGAGAUAUUCAGAAGCUCAAGUACACUAACAAGGUGGUUGAGGAAGUCCUUCGAAUGGCAAAUCUUUCUGGAUUUCUUUUUAGAAGAGUUAUGGAAGAUGCUGAAUUUAAAGGUUACUUAAUCCCAAAAGGGUGGAGAGUAAUGGUAUGGCUAAGACAACUUCACAAUGAUCCAAAUAACUUUGAUGAUCCUAUGUGUUUCAAUCCAGACAGAUGGGAUACACGCCCAAAACAUGGAACAUACCUUCCAUUUGGAGGAGGUUUAAGAUUUUGUCCAGGAAGCAUGAUUAUUCGUCUAAUAAUGGCCCUUUUCAUCCAUCAUUUGGCCAUUGGAUAUAAAUGGGAAAUGGUGAAUCCAGAUGUACCAAUCUCUUACUUGUCACAUCCUUUACCUGCUGAUGGUCUUGAGAUUUCCAUGACUAAGCUCUAAGUUCAACCAUUCAUCAACCAUAUGAUCAAACUUACACAGAAUAAAUGAAUAUUAAAAUUGCAUGUUCUGGGGUUUACUCUUGAUUUGUAUACAUUUUUUUUUAUUUAUACAUAAUAAAGUGUAAUACAAAAAAUUAAUUAGGUAUCCUUCCAUUUUAGGGCCUAAUUCAUGAGUCAUGACAUUAUUUAUUCUUGUAUAUUACUUUAAAAUAAUAAUAAUACUAUAUGAAUUGCUAUGAUUAAUAAAUCAAAAUUAGAAAA